CGCAGCCGCUCUCGGCGCCGCACGAGGGGCCGCUGCCGCCGCCGCUGCCCGGCUUCCUUUUAGCGCUGGCCCUCCUAGUCCAGUAACGCUGAGCUCGGGGUUCUCCGGUCACACGUGCCCCCAGCCGUGAGGCUUCUGCCCGCUUCCCCUCGCCCUUUGGCGGCCUCGGGGCGGCAGGGCCCUCGCUGGCCCGGCAGCAGCGUGUGGAGGGCCCGAGGCGCGGCUGUGCGAGUGCGGCCCGGCCCGGGGCAGCCCUACCGCGCUUUUGGCUUUCCCCCUGUUUCCACUCCCUCCUCCCCCGAGCUGUGGCUGCCUUUGGGCUGCUGCGGUGGCAUUUUCCUUCAGGAGGUGGCGCAGCAGCCGUGGCCGGGCCGCGGGGCGCUCGGGCUUUGGCCCACGCCGUUCUUCGGGCUCGCACCAUGCCCUGUGUCACUCCUGAUGCGCUUCACUGCCAGGGGAGGGGGUUUUGAAAUAACUCCUGAAUAUUGCCUGAAGGAAAAGGGAAAGGAACGAGGCCGGGAGGAAGAGAACCCCCUCACCUGCUGAGCAGGGCAGCUGGUAAGGCCGGUGCUUCACAUCGUGCUGUACCCAUCACAUUGUGCAGCAAUGCUGCCAGCCGGGCAAGCCUGUGCAGGACGGGCUUUUGGGACAUUCCUGGUAUCUGUGCGGUGCCAUUGGUGAGGGUGGCCCAGAAAAACAUCCAGUUCCUGCCUGAAGCUAUGCCUGUCCUGGUUGCUCACUGAAAAUAACCCAGCAGUCUGGGGCUGACAGACCAUGAAGGAAGAAUAAGGGAAUCCUGAAGCAGCAAAAGACUGUUUGCUCCUGGACUUUGUCCAGAGGGACUGUUUGCACAUCAGUGCUCUCUCUUACCAGGUUUUCAUGCUGUAAAAACCCAGCUGAGUCUCAUUUCUGUCUGCACUGGGACCAUGGAAGAAGAGGAGACGUCACCGAGUCACACCUCAGAGAGCAGCAUGUUGGACCUCCCCUCUGUCUGUGACCUGGCAGAGCACUUUGUGCCUCCACACAGCUCUGAGAACAGCCAGGAGCUUUAUCCUUCUGGGGAUGUUUUUCCCUCUCCACCCACAGGAGGGAGCAAUCCAUCAUCUGCAGCUCCUGCAGCCGGUUCUGCUGAAGGCCCUCAGGAAGCAAACGUGGGCUGUUACCUAAAAGCAGGGCUGUGUGAGCCCUCUGAACCUAAUGGUGUGCUCUCUUGGAUGCAUGAACAUGAUGGUGCAGAAGAUCCCAGCAUCAGGGACUCUCUGGAUGGCUUCUACAAAAUGUAUUGCAGACAGCAGCCAGAGAGAGAGGACCUGACCUACAAGGCUGCCUCGCGGUGUCUGUCACAGAAGAUGUCAGAGCUGGAGCAAAAAGAUGGGACAAAAUACGUGUCACGAUGCCUGCAAAUGGCACAGCUGGUCUUGAACAGAGAUGGAUGUAAGAUCUUUCCAAACCACCCCCCUUCUGCUUGCUUCUCAAAGCCAGCUGAAGGAGAAGUCUUGUUGGAAAACAGGAGGAGGACACCUGGACUCUCAGAUGAUGUCUUGCAGUUCCUCUUGGAACAAACAAAGGCAGAACGUAGCCCUGAUGUGUCACACGAGAAGUGAGCAAGACACUGCUUUGUUUGUGUCAUGGAGGCUUUGCUUUCACUCCAGAAAGAGGUGACUUUCUUGGACAGACAUUGUUCUCCAAGCACCACCUUCAGCACCAGCUGCUCCAUAGAGGGUUCACCCACACCUUGCUCUCUGAGGGCAGCACUGCUUUAGGAGCCCCUGUGCAACUGCCUGGGAUGUGUUGACUGAUGCAGUACUUGUUGCUGGGACAUCAAACAUGAUAAUUUAUACCUACCAGGAUUCUAAACUGGCCUGCAUCCUUACCCCAGGGUAACAGUGGUCCAGGCCAAAUUCAGCCCCUGGGUGGGCAUUGCUGUCCAGUGCUGUUGGCUAGAACAGAAUGUUUGAUUAACCUUGGCAUGGUGUGCUCCAGCCCUGCAGAGGGAAAGUUAAGAUUUUGUUUGGAAUAUUUGUCUCCACAGGGUGCCUGUUAGCUCUGUGUUUUUACCUACAGACAUAUAACCCCACAGUUCAUUUCUGCAAUGCCAAGUGAGUUUUUCUGACAGAAAAAAUGUGUGUGUGCAUGAGAAAGAGAAAAUACAGCUCUGGGUAUGCUCUCUGA